GAUGGGGAGAGAGCGAGCAUAUAGAAGAGCGAGCGAGCACACGAAGUGAAGAAGGGGCCUGGACAAAUAAGGACCCUGGAAAACUUUGCAUCCGAAGAAAUAUCACGGUGUCCACCAGUAGUUCACUUUUAUGGAGGAGGGACAUAUUGGAGUGUGCGGUCAACCUCAACUGUCUGACAAGACAAGGAGCCGAAGUGGUCAUCAGGAGGCUUGAGACUACUUUCUUCUUUCUUUCUGCUCUGUUUGUGCAAUUGUGAGAUGACCCACUCUCUGAACAUCUGAAAGCUGGCCGCCAUGUCCCAGAUGCUCCACGUGGAGAUCCCCAACUUCGGCAGCACGGUGCUGGGCUCACUGAACGAGCAACGCCUGAUGGGCCAGUACUGCGACGUGUCCAUCCUGGUAAAGGGCCAGGCGUUCAAGGCCCAUCGGGCCGUCCUUGCUGCCAGCAGCCUCUACUUCCGAGACCUGUUCAGCACCAGCAGCAAGACACAGUUCGAGCUACCCUCCUCAGUCACUCCGGCCUGCUUCCAGCAGAUCCUCUCCUUCUGCUACACCGGGAAACUUACCAUGGCUGCCAGUGAGCAGCUCGUGGUCAUGUACACAGCUGGUUACCUGCAGAUCCAGCACAUCGUGGAGAGGGGCAUGGACCUCAUGUUCAAGGCCAACUCGCCCCACUGUGACUCGGCCACGGCGGCUAUAGACGAGCCCGGCUCGGAGCCCCAGAGUCCCAGCAACCUCCCAGCCUCCGUGCUGGGGCCACCGGGCUGGGCGCCGUCGCUUGUGGCACCUGCCCGGAAGAUCAAGCUGGAGCUAGGUGAGCAGCUGCUGCACUUGCAGGGUGGAGUGAAGAGGACCUCCAGUGGUGACGGGGGGGCGCGAGCAGGGCGGACCAGCUCUCUGUUCUAUGCAGGUGCAGUGGGGUUGUUCCCACCUAACAUGCAGCCAUAUCCCAUCACCCCCGGUGAGCGCUCCAGCCCGGGGGCAUCCAGCCUACCCACAACCGACAGUCCCAUCUCCUACCAGAAUGAGGAUGAGGAGUUUGAGGAAGAGUCCUACGAUAUCAAUGAGGAGGCCUUCAGCCAGAUCUACGGACGCGUGGCUAACCCUUAUGGAAUCUCGGAGAAGUCCGACGUGACGUCCGUGCCCCUGGCCCUGGAGAGCCGGCCCUGCAUGCUGCUGCGCCGUGACCUGGUGGCCCUGCCUGCCAGCCUCAUCAGCCAGAUCGGCUACCGAUGCCACCCCAAACUCUACACAGAGGGAGAUCCUGGGGAGAAGCUGGAACUAGUGGCCGGUACGGGGGUGUUCAUGACCAGGGGACAGUUGAUGAACUGCCACUUGUGUGCUGGCAUCAAACACAAGGUUCUCCUGAGGAGACUGCUGGCAACAUUCUUUGACAGGAACACUCUGGCUAACAGCUGUGGGACCGGAAUCCGCUCCUCUACCAGUGACCCCAGCCGAAAGCCUCUAGAUAGCCGAGUUCUCAACGCUGUCAAACUCUACUGUCAAAACUUCGCCCCCAACUUCAAGGAGAGCGAGAUGAACGUGAUUGCGGCCGACAUGUGCACCAAUGCCCGGCGUGUGCGAAAGCGCUGGCUGCCCAAGAUCAAGUCCAUGCUGCCCGAUGGGAUGGAGGUGUACCGAGGGGCGGCUGCGGCGGCCGUGGGGCUCGGCCUGGGCCUCGGAGGAACGCCGGCGGGCGUGCCUCUGCCCUUCGACCCCGAUUUCAAGCCCCUGACGGCGUCCGGGCUCAGCCUUGACCAGCGGCUCUACGGAGAACGUAAGGAGCCCUUGAGAACUCACCUGCAGCUGGACGGGGACAGCCCUGAGCACACGGCCGAGGGUCACGAGCCUGAGCUCGGUGAAGCCCAGGGCGAAGUGGGCCCCGAGGAGGAAGACGAGGAAGGUGCGGCGGGUGAGAGCGUGGAGGGGACGUUGGAGGCGACCCCACUCAUCCUGGGUGGUGAGGGUGGGGUGAGGAGCCACACACCACAUGAGGGACAGCAAGAGGAAGAGUUUGUGGAAGGUCUGAGGAUAAAUGGGCAGUGAGGACCCGCUGCUCUCCUGCUCUCUCUAUAGCGCCCCCUGCUGCUCUUCUCAUGGAAGCACUUGACUGCAGAAAACAACCCUCUCAGUACCCAUGCAACCACACUAACAUGCAAUGUGGCGGGGGGGGGGGUGGGGGGUGAAAGACAAACACAGGCAUUGCUUGUGUAAGUACCCUGAUAAAAGAAUACAAUUCAAAACUGUGUAUCAACAUUAGACAUUAAACACCCCUCUAAACUCUUUGAAGGCAGAGGAACAACUUACUACUAACAACUUACUACAUUUGCAGUGGCAGUAUAGAUUAGGGGUGAUCAAACGGAUAAUUAUAAUCCCUGUCCAACAGCAAGUGGUUUUAACAUCUACUGAGGAGUGUAGGCAUUACUAUUUCUUGGUAUGUAGACCAGGAAAGAUGUCUUGUUGAAUACACAGAAGUAUUUCAUGCGACCUUCGUUUGGAGAUUUAAUGUAAGUUUUUUAAAUACACUGAAUGUUCUGUACUCUCCAAGAUUACAGCAACACACAGCUGACAGAAACAAGAAAAUGACACAUUGGUCCGCAGUGAGAACAUUUCUCAUACAAACAGGCACAAUCUGAUCAUGUUUAGAUUUCAGUUGAUUGUCCCAGAAAGGCCUAUGUAAAACACCAAACACUUACAAGGUUAUAUCUUUAAUAAUUAAUGCAAUGUCUGUGUUUGUAUAGAGAGCAAGCGCUCUCUCUCACACACACACACACACACACACACACACACUCCCACCCCAACACACCACCUCAGUACCACCUUGACUUCACCUAUUGACAUACACAGUAAUACCGCAAAGCAGGUGGUUGCCUACACUUCCCAGAACCCCCUUACAGAGUGGACUGUUACAUACUAAAUAUCUGUAUCGCCACAACAUGCACUAACACAAAAAGCGCUUGCAUGCAAAAUUAAAUAAGAAUACAAUUCACCAAGCCACAAUGUAAUCCGCAUCCCAAAAUAAACAGGGACUGCAGCCAUUUCCCUGAAGAGCUAUUGUUUAUCGUCCAAGGAGAGACAGUUUUCCUUUCUCAGAAACCUAGAUGGCCUGAUUUCUGCCAAGUUUCGCUCAAGCUGGAAGGUGCCAUAUACCUGCCAAAUGCAACAAGCACGAACCUACUUUUUACUGUGUCAGAAGAAAGAGUUUAGGAUCCAUGCAUCUUGGCUAUGGCUCUCUACUGUAAAUUAUUUAACAAAAGUAGUAUAUAUAUAUAUAUAUUUUUGGUUGGCUUUAUUGCAUUUGCACUUGGGGGGCUGGGGUGGGUAUGAGGCAGAAGCAUUCAGUUUGACUGUUUUGAAAAACGUGAUUAGAGAUAUCUUCUCCCCGCAACCCAGCCGCCCACGCUUCAGCCCCGGAUCCCGGACCCCAGACCCCCGCGUGCUAGGUUUGAUCUGACCCACAGUCAUCACGUUAGCAAGGGCUGCUCUGAGGGAUGUAGAAGCCUGAAAAUUGCACAGCGACAUUAUGACCUUCUGACACUAUGUCAGAAGUCACCACAGAGCUUUGUUGUUCCUGACAUGUCGCCCAUAGCAAAUGCAGUAAGCUCCGUCUUUCCCCUCUGUGAUUUAGUCACGUUGGUGUAUAAUAUGAUGCUGUAUUUCCCAUAUACAUUGUGAAAGACCUUUGUGGACAUUGAUCUUGUGGCAAUAUUAUCUUAAGGGGUUAUAUAAGAUUAUUUUGCACUUCCAUACAAGUCAUUGCACUCUGCAAAGACUUAUUAGAGCAAAGAAAGUUUCUACUCAAAAUAUGGAAAAUGGAAUAUAGAAAAAGCCGCAUGUAGUUGCAGUUUAAAAGUCAGACUUCCCAUACAAAAUGCUGCAUUUUCUGGUUGUCAGAAUCUUCAGAUAUGUUGAGUUUGUGCCAUUUUGAAUUUUCUGUUUUGCUCUUUAAUGAUUUUUAAGAAUGGGAAGGAAGGAACCAAAUUUUACACCAAUUUUAAAGCUUAUUUUUUGUGCCAUUAUACUUGCCUAUUCAUUUCUAUGUGUGAGUGGCUUUAAGAAUGCAUCAGAGGGUUUUGAAUUGCACUAGUACAUGAUUAUGUUUACAAAGCAUAUCUGUGAGGGUUACAUAUGAUAUUUAGCAGUAUUUAGUGAAUGAAACAAAAAGCGUAUGAAUUGUCAUGCUCGAUGGUGCCAUGUGGCCGCUACUGACAUCUUGUUAAACAUGCAGUCACCAUUCAGUGCAAUGAAUCUGUCAUGUACUUGCUGUGUUUCUGAAGGUUAGUGCCUUAAUGAGACUACUGAAAAGGGCUGGAUUUCCCAAAAGCAUCGUAAAAUAAAGAGCUUUAAAUGAUAGAGUGAGUAUUACACUCUCUCUUUCUUUUAAGAUGAUCUUAACACUAGGAUGACUGUGGGAAAAUGUGGCCCAGUUUGAUUUUAUAUGCAUACGAGUUAACAGCUAGCUAGUUGGCAUGGAAGAAAGAAACCCUUCUCCACCACACUUUGGUAUGACCUGAAGUAAGUAACAGACUGCUGAACCUUAAAGAAGACCUGAGAGAUUUUGUAAGGAUGAUUUCUGAUGUGCUUUUUUGGAGCAAAAUGGGCUAGGGGAAAAUUUACUGAAGAUAAUUUAGUCAAAUGUUAUGUUUUAAUUUUUUUUUGUUGUUGUUGUUGUAUCUACUGUAAGCUUGAACACAACUGAGGAUUCUGACAACAACUGACCAAAAUCUGGUGCUCAUUCUGAUUAUACAGAAUUCAUUUUGUUUAUGUUUUGAUGUGAUCACCAGAUCUCUGAUAGGCCUAAGUACUCCAUAUCUGUCGGUUUAACACUAUUUGAAAGGAAUAGUUGAAGAUUUGAGAAAAGUCUGAAAAUACUCCACCUGCCACUAAACUGUAAAUUGUGUACUAUAAGAUGAUCACCCAGAAGAGGUAUUACACUAUUGUCUUAACACUGGUGCUAAAAUGCAUUUAGUCCUGUGUUCAAGUUGCCCAUGGUUUUAUUAGUCAUUCAAUCUAUCAGCAAAUUAUUUAAAUCCAUUUUAUU